AUCAAUAAAAUGUUAGACUAUAUAUAUAUAAAAACAUAACAAUUUUUGCAUUGAAUUUAUAUGUUUGUUAACCACCGCUGAAUUAGUCGGACAUAAAAAAACAAACAAUAAUAAAGAAGAAAAAUAGUAGACAAAAGUCGACAAAACAAUUACAACAACAACUAUGCCAGUAAAACUUGAUGUCCAACGUAAACUACUGUCCCGAUCGGAUCGGGUCAAGUGUUGCGAUCUACAUCCCACUGAACCGUUGAUGUUGGCCUCACUGUUCACAGGUCAGGUACAUGUCUGGAAUUACGACUCGCAGGAGUUGGUCAAAAGUUUCGAUGUUUGUGGUCAACCCGUACGGUCGGCAAAAUUUGUUAGCCGUAAAAAUUGGAUAAUUACCGGUUCGGAUGAUAUGAUCGUACGGGUAUUCGACUAUUCAACCCGGGAGUUGAUUCAAUCGUUUGAAGCCCAUACGGAUUAUAUCCGAUCUAUUUGUGUCCAUCCGACCCGACCCUAUCUGCUGACCGCAUCCGACGAUAAACUAAUCAAACAAUGGAAUUGGGAUGAAAACUGGUCGCUAAGCCAUGUAUACGAAGGUCAUAGUCAUUAUGUUAUGGAAAUUGCGGUCAAUCCGAAAGAUACCGACAGUUUUGCCAGCGCUUCGUUGGACCGUACGGUCAAAGUCUGGCAAUUGGGUUCAUCAUCGGAACCGAUGUUUACAUUGGAAGGACAUGAAAAAGGUGUCAACAGUGUUGACUAUUGUCCAUCGGCUGAUAAACCGUAUCUGAUAUCGGGUGGCGACGACCACUUAGUCAAGAUUUGGGACUAUCAGACCGGGACAGUGGUACAGAUAUUGGACGGUCACACCAAAAACGUAUCGUCCGUACGCUAUCAUCCGCGAUUGCCGAUGAUUAUUAUGACCGGUGCGGAGGACGGAACUAUACGUCUAUGGGAUUCGGUGGCGGCCGACAACCACUAUCGGCUGGAGAGGACAUUGGACUACGGAUUGGAAAGAGUUUGGUCCGUAUGUUGUCUGAAAGGGUCGGAUGCAGUGGCCGUCGGCUACGAUGAGGGCAGUAUUGUCUUGAAAUUGGUGGACAGGGAGGAGGCGGAGGAGGUCAACAUUGAUCCAAUAGGAGGCGUAUCGGCUGAUGAACUACUACUACUAGAAGAUGAUAAUGUUUUACCAUUGAGUUUGAAAGAUAAAUGAAUUUAUAAUUAAUUA